AUGGCUAUGGCCGUCGACAACCGUCAACAAACCCAGCUCGCUGGCAUGGGUUACGAUACUUUGCGUUACCCAGCUGCACCACACUUCACCAACCCAUGGGUGUCGGCUCCUGGUGCUACACAGCAACUGUACUCAACAUCCCUCACACCUGCCUCGGCCGGACUUGAGCAGUCUCAGCCUCGCCCUACCAGCAUUGCGAUUCCUUACCACGGCAUCCCAGUAACGGCCGCUCCUCUCGGACAAGGUAUUGCCCUCCCGGAAGGUCCAUUUGCGACAGAAGACUUACUAGAUGUGUCGCAAGAUCUCAUGUCAAGGAGCUACACAGGCGGAUACGCUACAUCUGCUUCUCCAAACAACCAAACGUAUGCACCCACUUCGGCUCCUUAUUCUCAGGUGGAAUAUGGCACACAAGAUCGGGUUCCCUACACAUAUCAGGAUGCUGCGCGUCGCUCCUCACACCCGUCAGUCCCCUCAUUAGCGCUCUAUGAAUAUUCCAUGGAUUCCCAGCGACAGCGCCAAAGUUCACUAGUUGACUUUAGCAGAAUGAAUGCGCCACAACAAGCUCCCCGCAACAGCUUCAGCGAUGCGCUCGACGCUAGCCGCGGCAUGGUGUCAUUGAGCCAGUCUGAUAUCACACCAAGGAAUAUCUACGGCACUCAGGGGUCCAACCGCAGCUCGACCGACUCGUACGGCUUCCCCUCGACACACUCUGCGCAUUCGUCGAUUUCGUCAGCCAGCUACGGUGCCAAUGGUUACUAUGGCGGCGAGGGAUCUGUUACCGACUACAGCUCUGCCUCGGAAUCUGUUGACCUCACCAACUCGAGGACAUUGCCCCGCCCUAGCGCCCUUUUGGGUGCCUCCAUGCCUCCUGCGCCGCAGUCGAUGAUGGGCCAGUUCAGUUCAAAAGUCUCGUCGAGCUCGCAAAAGAAGCAUAAGUGCAAGAUUUGCGAUAAGCGCUUCACUCGCCCUAGCUCGCUACAGACACACAUGUACAGCCACACUGGCGAGAAGCCAUUCGCAUGCGAAGUGGAAGGCUGCGGUCGUCAUUUCUCUGUUGUGUCAAACCUCAGGAGGCAUCGUAAGGUACACAAGAACGACGGUGCCCAGGAUCAUCCAUCGCCAGACGCGUGA